AUGACCGGGUCCACCGACGCCGGUGGAUCCGUCGCACCAUCUUCCAUAAGUAUCUGGCGCCGAUGGACCCGUCGCACCCUCUUCUAUAGUCAAGUAUUCGGCACUGAAGCCCCUUCUGAGCGGUCUGUGCGCGCCCGGUCCCAGCGCUUCAAAGCCGGAAACAAAGAACUCGAAGAUGAGCCUCGCUCUGGUCGAUCGACUGCAAUAUCGUUCGACGAACUGAAGAAUCCGGCGGAACAGCAUCCAUAUGAAGGUGCGCGGUAUUUUGCUGCCAGUCUUGGCUGUUCGCUGUCCACCGUGAGCAAUGGACUGCGAUCUCUUGGAAUGGUGAAAAAGCUCGGUCAGUGGCUCCCACAUGCACUGAGCGACGGGAACCGCCAAAGACGCCUGGACAUCUGCACUCAGCUGCUCUCCAGAAGUCGCAGAUUCGGCUGGCUGGACACCAUUGUCACUGGAGAUGAAAAAUGGGUGCUCUACGUCAACCACACCCACAAACGUGCGUGGUGCGCUGGCGAUGAAAUGCUGCAUCCUUUCGUGAAGGGUGAAAUCUAUGAGAAGAAGGUCAUGCUGAGCAUCUGGUGGGCAGUUCAUGGAAUCUACCGUUUCGAACUGCCGCCGGACAACACGACGGUUACUGCCGAGGUCUACUGCGCUUUCGGCAGAUACUUUCCGAACACCCUAAUAUUAUCAGCUCUUCUCUCAUUAUAUUAA